AGGGAAAAGGAGGAGAGGAGACAGGGCCAGAGAUGCAGUUAGGAGAGCUAGGUUUAGCAAGGAGGGUUAUCCCCACCUUUCUUCCUGUUAAGAAAUCGAAGAUUUGGCUCUUCACACCACCCCUACCCCAAAAUAACCACUACCUGUCAGUCCCUUCAGUGCUCUCGACCUAAGUUCCAGGAAACAAAGGAAAUAACAUGCCAUGUAAAGGCUUGAGUGAGCAUCUCCGGGGCCAGAAAUUAAAUUAAGCUCUCAGGUCCGCCUGCCUUAUUAUUGCUAAUGGCUCCAGCCUGGCCCUAUGUCCUGGUGCCCAGGAGAUUUUGGAACGUGGGCACCCAAUCUUGUUCCCAAACUUUGGUUCCUGGAAGCUUCAUCCCAAAUUGGAGGCCAUGCUGACUACAGUGCUGCUUAGCUGUGUCCUGCUGUUGGCACUGCCUGCCACACAGGGUGCCCAGAUGGGCUUGGCACCCCUGGAGGGCAUCAGAAGGCCUGAUCAGGCCCUCUUCCCAGAGUUCCCAGGCCUAGGUCUGCGUGCCCUGGUGAAGAGGACACCUGCAGACCAAGCAGAAGAUGCUUUGCUGCAGAAGGCAGAAGCUCUGGCAGAGGUGCUAGACCCAGAGAAACGCGAGUCACGUUCCCCACGUCGCUGCGUAAGGCUGCACGAGUCUUGCUUGGGACAGCAAGUACCAUGCUGCGACCCAUGUGCCACAUGCUACUGCCGCUUCUUCAACGCCUUCUGCUACUGCCGCAAGCUGGGUACCGCCACGAACCCCUGCAGCCGCACCUAACCGGCCCAUGGCGCAGCAUGGGGGGCAGGGGAGGGGAACGCGAAUAAAG